GCCCCCCGCUUCCCGAACGGACUGGCGGGCCCGGAGCGGCGCCCACUGACCCGCGCUCGCAGGCCUAGGGCCGGCUGCAGCGGGCGGCCAUGGAGGUAGCGGCGCGGAGGCGACAGCCGGCGGCGGCGGCGGCGGGCGGCCCGGGCGUGUCCUUCUUGCAGGCCAGGCAUGGCCCCACCAGCACAGAGGAGGCUGCCCGCCCCGCCCCCUUCCACCUAGACCUCUGGUUCUAUUUCACUGUGCAGAACUGGAUUCUGGACUUCGGUCGUCCCAUUGCCAUGCUGCUGCUGCCUCUGGACUGGUUCCCGCUCAACAAGCCCAGCCUCGGUGACUAUCUGCACAUGGCCUACAAUGUCAUCACGCCCUUUCUCCUGCUCAAGCUGGUGGAGCGCUCCCCGCGCACCCUGCCGCGCUCCAUCGUCUAUGUCAGCGUCAUCACCUUCAUCAUGGGCGCCAGCAUCCACCUGGUGGGGGACUCCGUCAACCACCGGCUCCUGUUCAGCGGCUACCAGCACCACCUGUCCGUGCGCGAGAACCCCAUCAUCAGAGACCUGCGGCCCGAGUCACUGAUCGACUCCUUUGAGCUGCUCUACUACUACGACGAGUACCUGGGCCACUGCAUGUGGUACAUCCCCUUUUUCCUCAUCCUCUUCAUGUACUUCAGCGGCUGCUUCGUCCCCGCUGCGGCACCACGCUCAGUGCCCGGGGCCGCACUGCUCCUGGUGGUACCCAGCGGCCUGUACUACUGGUACCUGGUCACUGAGGGCCAGAUCUUCAUCCUCUUCAUCUUCACCUUCUUCGCCAUGCUGGCCCUCGUCCUGCACCAGAAACGCAAGGGCCUCCUCCUGGACAGCAACGGCUUCUUCCUCUUCGCCUCCUUCGGCCUGGCCCUCCUGCUCGUGGGACUCUGGGUGGCCUGGCUGUGGGACGAUCCUGUCCUCAGGAAGAAGUACCCGGGCGCCAUCUACGUGCCGGAGCCCUGGGCCUUCUACAGCCUCCACACCAGCGGCCAGCACUGAGGGCCCACAGGAGGCUGGACAUGAGCGUGCGCGUGUCAAGAGUGAGCGUGUGAGGGACUGUGUGUGAGAAAGUGUGUGUUGAGUAUGAAUGUGUGUAUGAGUGUGAGGUGUGUGUGAGUGAGGGUGUGUAUAUGGUGUGUGAAUGAGUGAGUGUGUGUGUGAGGAUGUGUAUAGGGGUGAGUGUGUGAGGGUGUGUGAGUAUGAGUGUGUGAGUCACUAUGAGUGAGGGUGUGUGAUGUAAAGGUGUGUUAGUGUGAGUGAAAGAGGCUGAGAGACUGUGCGAGACAGUGAAAGUGUGAGUGUGAGGGUGCAUAUGGUGUGUAUGUGUGUGAGGGUGUGUAUGUGUGACUCUGUGUGGGGUGACAUUUCUCUCAGCUUUGGAUCCUUUGGGUGGGUUUUUUAGGCCCAAGUUCAGGUUCCCCUUCCUGCCCGCCCCCCUCUCAGGGCUAGUCUCUUCCCCCUGGGAUCCUGCAAGGAGCCGGGGGCAGAAGAUUACCCCACACUGGCUCCCACCUCCUCCAGGUCUCUGGCCAGGCUGUCAGGCCCCUUGUGCCCAGCCCCUCCCCCAGGCUCUCCAGUCUCAGCUGGAUCCAGCAGCUCCAGGCCAGGAAGGCCUUGUCCAAGCAGGAUCCCGGGCGCCCCCAGCCUUGGGGCCUCAUUUUGCAGUUGGCUGGGCCCUCUCUCCCUUCUGGCCUGUGUUCUCAGGGAACCCGGGCCUGAGCUCCUCAUGUGUGGGUGGGGCUGGC